CAGGAGUUCUCGGCAGGCGGCGGCUGACGUUGGACAACAAAGAUGGCGGCGGGGAGCAGCAACUACUGGGAAGAUCUCAGGAAGCAGGCGAGGCAGCUGGAGAACGAGCUGGACCUGAAGCUGGUCUCCUUCAGCAAGCUGUGCACCAGCAGCCGGGACGGGCGGCGCGACAGGUAUAGCUCUGACACCACUCCUCUCUUAAAUGGGUCGAGCCAGGACAGAAUGUUUGAGACCAUGGCUGUGGAGAUUGAACAGCUUCUGGGAAAGCUUACUGGAAUAAAUGACAAAAUGGCAGAAUAUACAAACAGUGCAGGAGUCCCAUCCCUGAAUGCUGCACUGAUGCACACAUUGCAGCGUCAUAGAGACAUCCUGCAGGAUUACACUCACGAAUUCCACAAAACCAAAGCGAAUUUCCUGGCAAUAAGAGAAAGGGAGAAUCUGUUGGGAUCAGUACGAAAAGAUAUUGAAUCGUAUAAAAGUGGGUCUGGCGUGAAUAACAGAAGAACAGAGCUGUUCCUGAAGGAACACGAGCACCUUCGGAACUCAGAUCGGCUGAUAGAAGAAACAAUAAGCAUUGCCAUGGCAACGAAAGAAAAUAUGACUUCGCAGAGAGGGAUGUUGAAGUCAAUACAGAGCAAGAUGAAUACCUUGGCUAACCGGUUCCCAGCGGUGAACAGCCUGAUCCAGAGGAUCAACCUUCGGAAACGACGGGAUUCGUUCAUCUUGGGCAGCAUCAUUGGCAUCUGCACCAUCCUGCUGCUGCUCUUUGCCUUCCAUUGAUGGAUGUUCCCCCGUGGACUCUGCUAAACUCAUCACCACCAUCCCUCCCCCCAGCCAAGGAAAAGCGAGCGGGGGAAGAGAUGGACUUCCAUCAGCCUGCUCCCCCUGCCUGGGACCGUCAGCAUGAUGUCUAGAGUUGAUGAUGAUAGACUGCAGCACUGGUUUGGGGUUGAAGCUGCGGUGUUUCUCCUUCCCUGCCAUACAUCUUCCUUUGGUUAAAUUUGGUGGGGGAUUUUUUUGUUUUGUUUUGUUUUUAAUUUUUUCCUCCUUUAGCCCCUUUCUCAUUGCAAGGUAAGUAAAUACAGCCACUUAACAACAGCAGUAGAGCAGCUCCUGUGCCCAGUGGUGCUGGGAGGUGCAUUGCUGGCCAGCAGGUGGGAACUGCAGGAACCCUGCUUUGCCUGCAGGCACUUCUGGGCACCGCUGUCCUACCAGAAGAAUAUUGCAGCUUUAAGCCAUCAGGUUGCUUCACUACUAGAUACACGUUCUGUAAUUCUUUUUAACCCAUGGUUGAGGUAAUAGCUAUUUCUACAUCGUUUGUGCUGUGAAAACUGUGCUUCACACAAACUCCUCAAAGAAGACAAGGAUUGCUCCAUUCGCUUUUUGCACAGAAAAUGAAUAAACUGCCCUCUGAGGAACAGUGAUAAGGUUUCUUGUGGCUUUAAAGGGACAGACAGGUCCUCUUCUGUAAAAAGGGAGCACAGUGCCCUCGCAGCUCCUUACCGUAGUGUUCAGUCAUCUGAAAAGUGACCAAACGUGAGUUCACCUAAGAGCAGCCUUUGGGUGUCAGUACUUGGAUUUUGGCUGACAUCAUAGAGGUCUUUAUAAAGACAACGACUGAGAAGUGUAUAUUGUAAUUUACAUAAAGUUAUUCUAAUAGCAUUAAUAUUUUUACACUGUAAGUAAGAUAUAAUCUACACUGUCAAUUGGAAGUGAAAAUGAUGAUGGUUCUACCUGAGGCAAAUGCAUCUGAGUGCAGAAGUUUUGGACACACCUCCUCCUGGUGAAGAGUUGAAUGUAAAAUAACAAACCGAGUUUUAUUUACUGUUAUCUGGGGAAGUUCUCCUCAUCCAGGCACGCAAACCCUGGUGUUUUGCAUUGAUGACUGGUGGCAGGAAGGGCUUUGAUGUUGCAGAACCACGAACGAUGGUUUUUUUCUUUCUGCUCUUUCAACUGCUUUUUCUCCAUCCGUUGUGUGAUAACCCAGCGAAUCCCAGCUGAAGCACUGGAAUGUCUUUAGGAGCUCCAUCAGCUCUCUGACAGCAUUCCUGAGAGAUUCCACGUGUGCCACGGAUGUCAGGUAGCCUCCAGGUUGUCCUCUAUGGAACAAAGCCUCGUGGGGCAGUCACAGUGCUGUAGUGCUUCUCUUGUGUCUGGCUGAUUUGGUUGAUCUGAGAAUGUUCCUGGUUUGAUAUGAAGCGUUUAUUAAAAGGGUUUAUGAAAAACCUUGAUGGAUAAAGGGAGUUCAUUAAUGAAGCUGUGUGCUGGGAGAUCAGCCCUUAUCUCCCCCGUCCCACCCCAGGCAGGACCCCAGCUGGCAGCCGUGCGCCUGCUUAGGAUCUGUAGGAUUUGGCUGCUCUAUAGAGGGCACUCAGAUCUGCAGUAACAGAAAUAAAUUCAUUUCCUUAAUCUGGUAACCCGUCUUUUACUGGACUUAAUUGAUGAUUUGGUGCAUAUAUUUAAUCUUAUUGUGUGAAAAAGCUGCUAUGGAAAGUAUGUAAUUAUAACAAAUGUGUCAACAGGAUUGAUUUUUUUUUUCAUGUUAUGAAGAUGCUUCGGAGGAACUGAUUUAUUUCAGUACGAGACAAAUAUGCUGAAUUAUCUCUGAUAAAGCUUGACUGGAAAUGCUGGCUAUGGUCCUUCCAUGCAGUUCUUCUGAAUCUUUAGGAAAAUGUGGUGUUAAACAGUUUUUAUUCCUGGAAUUCCCAGCAGAGUUGCAAUGUAGGAACUCGGCCAGGUCCUGCUGGUAACUUCUGGUCCCUCAGGCUGACCCCAGCGCUCGUGUCUGUGCUGUUUCUGAUCCUCCUGCUCCGUUUGCUGGAGCGCUGGCUGUGUGUUUGCUCAGCACUGAGCAUUGCUGUGGCAGAACUGAGGACGUGGGGGUUUCUGCUGCUGUGGGAAGGCACAGUGGGUGCUUGUGGUCAAUACUGAGCUCAUGAGCUUCCGGUAUCAGCGUGCUGUAAGCUCCUGCUGGGUUCGUUACACUGAUCAAGCAGAGCCUUACGUAGUUCUGAAAGUUCUCUCUUUUGAAGGUCUUAAGGCUGCUGUGAGAAGAACCAGUUCCUCACAGGGCACUGAAAAUAAAAGAGCAGAAGUGUUUGUACAUGAUGUGAAAGUUCCAGCUCUGUGCUGACCCUUCCAGGAGCGACGUGCCCAAAACUGCUCUGCCAUUCCCAGCUGGGGAACUCCCGUUCGGUUGGGUUCAUCGGGCCUCCCCGCAUCCAGCAGUUUGCUGAGAUCAUUCCAUGCGUAACUUUUUCUUAGGUUUUUGUUUUUUUUUUUCCAAAAACCUUUCAUGUGAAGCAGACAGGAGGGGCGACAGGAAGAAAUCAUUCUGAAACUCCUUCUAAGAGUGCUGGAUUAUGGCAGCCCUCGGAACGGCGGGCCUAUUUGGCAAUGCACAGCCAAGGGGAGCACAGCGGGACUGAACUGAGCCCUUUUCUGGGUGACAUCAGGAAUCCUGGGAUCUGUGUGUGCUGGGUGCACGAACCCAGCGCUGUGCUCAGCUCUUGGUUGUCCUCUGCGCCCUGCAGAGUGAGGAAAGUGGUUUAAAUCAACAUUCCCUCAAAACGAAACCACCGUCACCGACAGAACCUUUCUGACAAAACAUCCCAGUCCGGACUUCAGUAAGUUCAUUUCUGAUUGCACUUUCUGAUUCUUUUUGCUUUUCACAGAGCUGCUUGAAACUUACUGUAUCUGUAAUUACUUUUCACCUAUUGUGCAUUCUCUGGAUGUAAUUACGGAGCUUUGAUAUGUAAUUUAAUAAUAAAUGAGAACUCUAA